AUGGGCGCCGUCGUCUCCUGCUUCAAGUCGGUCGUGAACGCCAUCACCUCCUGCUUCAUGGCCGUCGUCAACGGCAUCGUGACAGUCCUGAAAGCCAUCAUCGACGGCAUCGUUACAGUCUUCAUGGCCAUCGUCAGCUGUCUCACGUGCGGCAAGGCGGGCAAGAGAAAGCAUACGAGUCACGUAUAA